AGCAAGACUCAAGAUUAAUAAGAAGUAGCGGCAAGCUGUGGACACUGUUGUGGCGGUGACCAGGUGCCGAGACGUACAAAAGCUGUGUCUGCCCUACCCACUGAGUGACGCAGGGCACACAUUCACGCCUACAUACCGUCGUAGAAUCGAUCGCAGUUAAGAAUUACUGCGCCGUUGCUGCCGAUUCUCUCGGCUCAUUAUUGAAGCAGCCUCAAAUCAACCUGACCCACAGUUUCAGGCGUUGUCGUCUUGCAAUUGUUUUGUUUUACGAGUUUCAAACCAACCGCAUUUGUAGCCGACUUUUUAUUAUUAUUGCUAUAGCUAUUUCACAUACAGCUCACAUAGAAACCAUAAACCCCGUGUUGCCACUGUCCACGGCCAUAGAAGGAGAAGAUGAGUAAGCGAGGGCGUCAGGACGAUGCGGACAGCGUCGCGCACGCCAUCGAAGUGCUGUGCUGCCGCACCCCCGCCAACGGUGAGACGGAGGGACUCAGCUUGACCCCGCUCGAACGGCAGGUCGUCGCCCUCAAGGAGUCCAUCGCCCCCCACGUCAUUCUCCUGGUGGCCUGCGGCUACCGGGUCAAGUUUUACGGCUGCGAUAGCCGCGCCGUGAGCCGACGUGUCGGCAUCAUGUGCAUCCCAGGCCAGCCCUUCGAGUACAGCAGCGUCCCCUACACCCGCGUGGACCUGUACGUGCACCGGCUGGUGGCCAUGGGCUACCAGGUUGGCUUUGCGGAUCAGGAGUCCGCGGCGAUGCGGGCGGCGGACGGGUUGAAGAGUGGCCUAUUCACGCGCACCGUAUCGCAGCUGUACAGCCGUGGCACGCUGCUGCCGACGGAGCACGUCGUGACGAACGGCGGAGGCGAUAGCACGGCAGCAGCGGGGGCAGCGUCGCCAGUUGUAUUCGAAAAUGGCGACAACGACGCUGCGGGGGACGAAGAGGGGGGUGAGGCGGAGGAGACCAGCUGGGCCGGACCCAACCCGCGACGACACCCGUCUUCCAACGGCGCGGUGGACGCGUCAGAGCUCUUCCUGUGCUUUCUAAGCGCUCAAAGUGUGGAUGGACGAGCCGAGGUGGAGGGGGUCGACGAGGACGCCACAGCACCGACGCGGUGGCCACCACUCGAGAUGAUUCUCGUGAGCUUUGUGACGCAGCGACGCCUCCACCUCACGGUGCGGACGGCACUCGAGAUGGAGGAUGUGACGCAGCGCUUCGACAUUGCGGAGGUGGUGGUGCUGACGGCGCAGACGCCCCCGCCGCUGGAGAGCAAAGGGGGCGGAGCAGCGCACCUUCAGCGGACAACGGCACGCUUUCUGAAGGCGCUCCCCGAGGUGUACAGCGUGGCCCUACACCACGCCCUCCCUCUCCACUUCGGUCCCACCAUCAACGGUGAGGAAGACGACAGGACGGUGACCGUCUCGGGCUUCGUGUACAGGCGUGGCCAGGACGUGGACUCCGCGGUGGAGGCAUACCUCAAACCGUUUAAGCUCGAUCAGGUGUAUCGUCUGCUGUGCAGCCGCACCCACGCUGACCGUCAGUCGGAUUCCAUCCAGUCGGACCUCGAUGCCUCUCCGAUGCAGUCCACUCAGCACUUGUCUUUCGAGGAGGACGCACGCACGCUGCACCUGCCAGGCCCAACGUUGCGUGCGUUGGACAUCUUUCAUAGCAGUGUCGGCUCUCGCGGCUCCCUGCUCGGGCUGCUGGACCGCAGUCUGACAGCGUGCGGCGCACGAUGCCUGCGGCGGUGGCUCGCCGCUCCCCUCAGCAGCCGCACCGCCAUCCAAGCACGGCAGGCGGCGACGGUGUUUCUGAUGAAGGGCAGCGAUGGGGGUUUGGUGGAGGAGCUGCUAAAGGAGUGCGCCCGUCUCGGCGACGUCGAGGCGGUGGUGGGCAAGCUACACGCGGAGCGUUGCCACGUGGUGGAAUUUGUGCGACUGCUGCGCAUGGUGCGCGGUGUCGCCGCGCUGGCGCAUCAGCUGUGCGCAGACGGGCAAGAUAUCGGCGGAGAUGAUGGGGUUGCUGACGCCGUCAGUGACGCCGUCCCCCCAGUCUUCAUUCGCUCGCUGCUGUCUUUGGUGUACGGCCCCGCCGUGGCGCAGCUGCUGGAGGCGAACACCGCGUUGCUCAAGACGACCGCCACGACACCGCUGGAGUUCUUCACGGAAGGCGGCCGCGCCGUGCCAGCAGCGCUGCAGAUUCAUUGGGACGCGAAGAGGGCAGCAGAGGCGGCGCUCGAGGCGGAGUUGAAGGCCGCACGCGAGGUGCUGCACCUGCCGGGCCUUGAGUACCGCACCAUCGCCGGCACCUCGUACUUGUUAGACGUCCCACAGGGCAAAUGCGGCCGCGUACCGGCGGAUUGGCUCGUGCAGACCCGCACCAAAACCCACGUGCGGUACCACACGCCGGCCAUCGUCGAGCAGCACAUCGCCCGCACGGCGGCGACGGAGCGGUUGGUGUUGGCGGCGGCAGCGGCGUGGCGGCAGCAUCAACGCGAGGUGGUGGCGGACGCAAAUGUGAUGGAGGCGCUGCACGGCGUAGUGGCGGCGGUCGGCUCGCUGGACGCCCUUCACUCCCUGGCCGUCGCCUCACGUCAGCCGGGCUACGUCAUGCCGCAGUUGGUGGACCUACCGGAAGUCGCCGCGUCCAAUGUGCUUGCCACCGCCGCGAGGAAGGUGGACACAUCCGCGGCUGUGUCGCUUUCGAUCAGCGACGGCCGUCACCCCGUUCUAGACCAGCUUCUACCCCACGGCUACGUCAGCUGCAGCGUAGAGCUGCGCGCCGGCGGGGCGUGGCUGCUGACGGGGCCGAACAUGGGCGGUAAGUCCGCGCUGAUGCGGAUGGUAGGGUCGUUUGUGGUGUUGGCGCAGAUUGGCUGCGGGGUACCGGCCGGUGCGGCGGUGAUGCCGGUGUUUCACGGGGUGUACUGCCGAAUGGGGGCGAGUGAUUCCAUCUUGGAGGGCAGCUCCACCUUUCUCUCCGAGAUGGAAGAGACGAGUCGCAUUCUGCGUGCCGCGGACCUGCCGCGGUCCAUCGUGCUGAUGGACGAACUCGGCCGCGGCACAAGCAGCUUCGACGGCGCGGCGGUGGCCGCUGCGACACUGGAGUACCUGCUCGCCAACCGCGCCACCACCAUCUUCGUCACACACUACUCCUACCUGUGCGACCCCUACGUGUCGGCUGAGGAGAGGGCGGGUUCCCCGGCUCCAGACGGAGCGACGACGGGUGUGAGCUGCUACUUCAUGGGCUUUGUGGAGACGGCGGGGCAGCCGGGGGCGGCGAACACCAAACAGCUGGUGUUUACGUACAAACCGUGUCGAGGUGUGACACCCUCUAGUUUUGGAGUGGCCAUCGGUCGCAAGGCCGGACUGCCGGCCGCCGUGACGGCAGCGGCGAGCGAGGUGAGUGCGGAGGUGGAGAAGGAGCACCGAAUGAAGCAAGACCUGCAUCAACUGCGCCGUCUUGCGCACUCGACGGGUGUGUGA